UUAUUUUUUGGUUGUUGUGUGGGUGGGUGUGUGUUAUAAUAAAAUGGCUGAUUUUUUUAUUCAGUCAAAUGAAAGAGACCAGCAUCUUCCAUCAGGAUAUAAAAUAUUACUGCCUUCAGUCUCUGUGGGUAAUGUACCUCAGUUGACUCUGGAUCUCAUUAUAAAUAGCCUCCAUGCUAAGCUAUCUGGCUGGUUUCAGGAUGACUCCAUUUUACCUGUCAUUGGAAAUAAGCCCUUUAAUCAUUCAUCACCUUCAACUCUUACCACUCCGGCUGAAUUGUACAUAAGUCAUGCAAAUAAAUUGAUGAUAGUGCAGCUGAGAUCUCCAAUUGCAAAGGGAAAGUCUAAUAAAUUCAUUAAUCGGCUGGUAGAGUGGUUGGAAGCUCAAAGACCGUCUGCUGUUAUACUAUUAGCAUCACUAUAUGCUGAGGAGAGAAUGGAUGUACAUAUACAGAGUUCUCCUUUCAGGUUUUUGCUGAAUGAGAAUUCGGUUCACCUUUUUACUCACUUCAGCAGUGCUCUUAACUGGCAACCAAUGGAACCUAGAAACACUGAAAAUAAAGCAGCAUCACCUGAUGGAGUUUUAGAAAUUGAGCAAAUCUUUCUUCCCGGAUCAGGAUUUGCAAAACAAAUGUAUAAAAAGAGUGCUUCGUUGCCAUUAGUAACGAUUGCUGUCUUCAGUUCUCAAGGCAACAAUUGUCCUGAUGCUAUAAAUAUGGCUGAUCACAUUGACCAGUGGCUCAAUCUUAAAGGAAAUGAAGAAGGAGAACGAAAUGGCUGGAGUCUGCCUGCAUCUUGGAGCUCUGUUUACGGUGGACCUUCUCCUAAAUCUCUGUAUUAAAACUCAUUCAUUAUUAUUAGUGAAUCAUAGAUCUAAUUCUUUUGUUGCAAAGGCUCAAAGAUUAA